ACCUUAUCCUCAUAAAUGAUACAAAUUUUUUUUUUUCACAUAUUUUCUUCUUCACUUUUCAACCAUGGAAACAUGGUUCCUCAUCCUCAUCUCCCUCCCAAUUUCUGUACUCAUUGCUCUCUUUGUCUUCAACCCUUUCUCCAAAAAGCUCUCCCAAAAUCUCCCUCCUGGCCCUCCUACCAUUCCCAUCAUCGGAAACUUCCUACUGAUUCUGAAAACUUUCUCCGAACUCGAGUCCAUCCUCAGGAACCUCCAUAAAAAAUAUGGGCCCGUCGUCACUCUGAAAAUUGGCUCUAAACCUGCGAUUUUCAUUGCCAAUCGCUCUGUCGCUCAUCAAGCUUUAAUUCAAAAUGGUUCCAUCUUCGCCGACCGUCCGCCGGCUCUCCCCACUAGCAAAAUAGUCUCCAGGAAUCAGCACAACAUCAGCUCCGCCUUUUAUGGCCCCAACUGGCGGCUCCUCCGCCGUAACCUCACCUCCGAAAUCCUCAACCCCACGCGGGUGAAGUCAUACUCCCAUGCACGCAAGUGGGUAUUGGAAAUUCUCAUCGAGAGACUUAAGUCUCGCUCAAAAUCUGGUGUUGUUUGUGUGGUUGACCAUUUUCGGUACGCCAUGUUUUGCCUGUUGGCACUCAUGUGCUUUGGCGAUAAGCUUGAAGAAGAACAAAUCAAAGAGAUAGAGCGUGAGCAGAGGAAUCUACUUUUGGGUUUUUCCAGGUUUCAGAUUCUCAACUUCUGGCCGAGCGUCGGAAAGAUUUUGUUUCGAAAGCGGUGGGAGGAGUUGUUUCGGUUGAUUCAAGACAAAGAAAACGUAUUGAUCCCGCUUAUAAGAGCAAGAAACAAGAUGAAACAAGAGAAGAUUAACACAGAAUCCGAGCCUGAACAAACACAAAUCCAAUCUUACGUUGAUACGUUGUUGGAUUUGGAGCUCCCCGAAGAAAAAAGAAAGCUUGAAGAAAGUGAAUUAGUAGCUUUGUGCUCAGAGUUUCUCGAUGGUGGAACUGACACUACAUCCACAGCUCUUCAAUGGAUCUUCGCAAACUUAGUGAAGAAUCCCAAAAUCCAAGAGAAGCUCUACAUGGAGAUGAAAUUAAACCUAAGUGCAAAAUAUUCAAACCAAGAUGCCAUUAAAGAAGAAGAUUUGCAGAAGUUGCCUUAUCUAAAAGCGGUAGUUUUGGAAGGCUUAAGGCGCCACCCUCCGGGCCAUUUUGUGCUGCCACACGCGGUGACGGAAGACACAAUUUUGAACGGCUGUUUAGUGCCCAAAAAGGGUGUGGUGAAUGUCAUGGUGGCUGAGAUGGGUUGGGAUCCAGAAGUGUGGGAAGAUCCGAUGGCGUUCAAGCCAGAGAGGUUUCUGAGGAGUAACGGAGAGGAGAUUGAAUUUGACAUUACAGGAAGCAAGGAGAUAAAAAUGAUGCCAUUUGGAGUAGGAAGAAGGAUUUGUCCAGGGUGGAAUUUGGCGAUGCUUCAUUUGGAGUAUUUUGUGGGGAAUUUAGUGUGGAAUUUUGAGUGGUCUCCUCUGGAUGGAGAAGAUGUAGAUUUGAGUGAGAAGCAAGAGUUUACUGUUGUGAUGGAAAAGCCACUGCAGGCUCAUUUGUCUACAAGAAAUUGAAAUAGAUAUUAGGUUUGCGACAAAAAUAAAGAGCCUGAAAGUAUAUCAAAGUAAUAUAAAAUUGUGUAAGUUUUUUUUUUU